AUGGAUGACGUAGAUGAUAUAUUAAACCAAAGUCAGGUGGCCGACGAUAAUGACGACAAUGACGACGAAAUUGGAUCACAAAAUAAUGAACAAGAUGAGGAGGAGGAAGAAGAAGAUGACGUUGAUGAAAAUGACAUGAUGGAAGGGGAUUUUAACAUCAAUGUAGAAUCUCAACAAGAGGAUGAGGAUAAUGAGGAAGAUGAAGACAUGGGGAUGGAUGAAGAUAUGGAUGCUGACGCGAAUGAUGAAGACGCAGAUGAAGAUGAAGAUGAUGAAAAUGAUGAAGAUGACGAAGAUGACGAGGAAGAAGGAGAUGACAACGAAAGUAACGCCAAUGAUAGCUCUAGUAUAAGUUCAGAUGAUAAUACGGAGAAUGAUCCCGAAGAAGUCCAAGAUCAGCAGGAUAAAAACAUAAAAAAUAAUGACGGUGAAAGCAAAGAAGAUAAGACGUCUAUUGAGAUGGAUGAACCGUCUGAGACACAAUCAAAUAUAGAUACCAGUGCUGAAAAUAAAGAAGGUAAGCCCACCGGAAAUAAAGAGUCUAGUUCUCGUUCUAUUAGUGAUGGACUUAUUGAAGACAAUACAAACUCAUCAUCAACUUCCAUGGAACCUGAGAACAAAUUGACAUCUCCUAAUGAUAAUAUGACCAUGAAUGAUAAAAUAUAUAAUUAUUAUACUCAAAUGCGACAAUCAUCGAAAAUUGUAGAUUCAUAUGUCAUAUAUCCCACUGCAGCAACACCCAUACAAACGGACGUUAAUGCAUUAACAGUUUCCAAGGGUUUGAAAUAUUUAUUCUUAGGAGGAAAUGAUGGUUAUAUUAGAAAAUAUGAUUUAUUGAAUACAUUAGAGGGGAAAUUAUCAUUAACAAUUUUACAAAAGCAUGCAUUAACGGAAUCAAUUCAAAAUGCUGGUAUUUUACAAAAUUAUUGGGAAAAUGAAAUACCGCAAAAGAAAUCAGAAGUCAAAUUGGCAGCAAAUAAAAAAGAAUAUGAAAUGAAAGUAAGUCCUGUAUACUCAUUAGCUGUAGAAAGUGAAUGUAUGUUCUUACUAAGUGGGCUAUCGAAUGGUGGGAUUACAAUGCAUGGUGUUAGAUACAUGGAGGGUUCCAUUGGACAUUAUUUUGCUCCCGGGAAGCAAGGACAUUCAAACGUUGUAAAUAUUUUAAAAAUGAAUGGUGAAGAAAAUAGAUUCAUCAGUGGGUCUUGGGAUAAAAAAAUAUUAGAAUGGGAUUUACAAAAUGGAAAAAUAGUAAAUGAAUUCAAAGGCACUACCUCAGAAUUAUCGUCUUUGGAGUUAAGACCGUUAUUCUCUACCGUGGAUAUUAAUAAUGAUAUAAUAUCUGCUGAUUCAAAUACCAAAAUGUCCACAACAAAUUCCGAGAAUAAUGAUGAUGAAAUGGAAUCGUUAUUUGGUGACGACGAAGAAGACGAAGAUGCUGAUAUAAAUAUGGAUAAAGAUGAUGAUGACGAAAAAAAUGCUAACAAGAAAAUGGGAAAUGAUACCAAGAUUCCUUCCAUAGCAGAUGAAAUAUCGAAAACAAAAUUAAACAUCGUUUAUGAUGAAUCAGUAUUUAUGACAUCGGGAUUGAAUGGUUCAAUACAUAUUUGGGAUCGACGUAAUGGUGAAACUCCCGUAUUAAACCUUCAAAGAGGGCCAGAUAUUCCGCCGUGGUGUCUUUCAGCGUGUUGGAAUGUUGAUGGUGAUCAUAUCUAUGCAGGUAGAAGAAAUGCUUGCGUGGAGGAAUUUGAUAUCAAAAUGCCAUCCAAACCAUGUAAUGUGUUGAAAUUACCGACUAUAUCGGGUCCAGUUUCCAACGUAUAUGCAAUGCCCAAUAAUAAACAACUUCUAGUUGCAUCGAGAGAUAAUAUUAGACUUUAUAAUACCAAACCUGAAAAUACUUCAAAAUCAUCAGGUGCCCCAUUUCUAAUUGUUCCAGGACAUCAUGGUGGUUCGAUUUCCAAUUUAUAUGUUGAUCCAACAUGUAGAUUCCUAAUAAGUACUAGCGGAAAUCGUGGAUGGCAAGGUGUUUCUACAGAUCUUACUUUGAUUUAUGAUAUAGACUUAGCAUAG